GCCUAACGGUUGGUUGAAGGAAGGGAGGCUGUCUCUUCGUACGAUUGGCUGAGGUACUGUCACUCCAUCCUUUCCCCUCCCCCUACCGUUCCUCGUCCUCCUCCUCUCUGCUGUCCCUCUCUCUCGCGCUGUCUGGGCCUGAGGCAAGAGCUGUUUCGCAGGCCGUGUGAGGAGGGGACCCCGCGCCGUCCCUGCGACAGGAGGGCACGCUCGGCGGUGAUGCUGGGACCCUGGAGGGAGCCGGUGCGGCGCUGAGACGGGGCUGAAAGGCAGGAAAGAGAAGCGGAGACAGAGAGAGAUGCGCUGGACUUCCAGCUUCGCUAGCCUCAGCGGCUGCCUCCGGCAGUACUAAGCCGGCGUUUAGGUAGGUAACCUAAUCCAUGGGUAAAGUUGGGAAGAUGUGGAACAGCUUCAAGUACAGAUGCCAGAAUCUCUUCAACUCUGAAGGUGGAAAUAGAAGUGAAAAUGUAGAUGUAAACUCAAAUAGUUCUUCAGUUAGAGAUAAAAGUGUGUUUGUGCAUGAUCCAGCUGAGCAGCGACCAAGCAGCCCUUUAAGAGAUGUUUCUUUACAACUGAGUCUAAAUUCUUCAAAAAGCUCUGCAAGGAAAAAUCAAAACUGUGCCACAGAAAUCCCACAGAUUGUGGAAAUAAGCAUUGAGAGAGAGAGAGACUUGGGCUUUGCCACAGGAGCUAGACUUGCACGAAGGGAUUCCUACUCAAGGCAUGCACCAUGGGGUGGGAAAAAGAAACAUUCCUGCUCCACAAAAACCCAAAGCUCUUUCGAGAGUGAUAAAAGAUUUGGCCGUUCUCGCUUGCAAAGGAGAGAGAGAAGAUAUGGUGUGAGUUCCGUUCACGACACAGACAGUAUCUCAAGCAGGACCAUUGGGAGUCGUUCUUUGCGACAAAGACUGCAGGAUACUGUUGGCUUCUGCUUUCCUAUGAGAACUUACUGUAAACAGUCCAAACCUCUCUUUUCUAACAAAAGAAAGAUCCAUCUCUCUGAACUAAUGUUAGAAAAAUGCCCUUUCCCUCCUGGAUCAGAUCUGGCCCAAAAAUGGCAUCUAAUUAAGCAGCAUACAGCUCCAGUGAGCCCACACUCAACUCUUUUUGAUGCAUUUGAUCCUUCUGUGGCUUCUACAGAAGAUGAGGAGGAUAGGCUCAGAGAAAGACGAAGACUCAGUAUUGAGGAAGGGGUUGAUCCUCCUCCCAAUGCUCAGAUACAUACUUUUGAAGCUACUGCACAGGUUAAUCCGUUAUAUAAACUGGGACCAAAGUUGGCCCCUGGCAUGUCUGAACUGACUGGAGACUGUAGUUCAACACCACAGGGAAGUUGCGAUCUGGAGGAAGACACAACUACUCUCUGCUUGCAGUCACGUAGGCAAAAGCAGCGGCAGAUGUCUGGAGAGAGCCAUAGCCACGUCAGUAGACAAGGAGCUUGGAAAGUACAUACUCAGAUUGAUUAUAUACACUGCCUUGUCCCAGACUUACUUCAGAUUACUGGUAAUCCAUGCUACUGGGGAGUAAUGGACCGCUAUGAAGCAGAAGCCCUUCUAGAAGGAAAACCUGAAGGCACUUUUUUGCUCAGGGAUUCUGCUCAAGAAGACUACCUCUUCUCUGUGAGCUUCCGCCGUUACAAUCGGUCUCUACAUGCGCGGAUUGAGCAAUGGAACCACAACUUCAGUUUUGAUGCUCACGACCCCUGUGUGUUUCACUCCUCCACUGUUACAGGGCUUCUAGAACACUACAAAGAUCCUAGUUCUUGCAUGUUUUUUGAACCCUUGCUUACAGUUUCCCUAAACAGGACUUUUCCUUUUAGCUUGCAAUAUAUCUGCCGGGCAGUGAUCUGCAGGUACACUUCAUAUGAUGGGAUUGAUUGUCUCCCUUUGCCAUCCAUGUUGCAGGACUUUCUAAAGGAAUAUCACUAUAAGCAAAAGGUUCGAGUGCGAUGGUUGGAGCGGGAACCAAUAAAGACGAAGUGAACAGAGUUCAGAGUCCCUAGUAAGCUCACUAGAAAAUGUGCUUUUUUGUGCUAUACAGUAUAACUGCAGUAAGCACAUCAUUGUUUAGCUUUUUCCUUUUUUUUUUUGCAACAUUGUACUUUAAGCUUAAUGUGUUCAUGAGUGUGUUCAGAUGCUGCCUGCUAUUAAUCAAGCCUAAUUGUUAAUACCUCUUGAAACAAUAUGCAGAACAUAAAAUCACACUUUUAAAAUGUAGGCUUUCAGGUUAUAAUUGGCCAAUUCUGGAAUACGUUCUUUUCUACCACAAUUCCUGUAGUAAUUAUGUAAGGCAGCUAUUGGGCAUUGACAAAAUUCUAUUCAAUUUCAGGAUUCAGAACAAAGUGGGUUGCUGGCUUUCUUUUUUCCUUUUUUUGAACAUUUGAGCACCAACAAUUGUGUUCCAAUGUAGUUGCUUUCUCAGCAAAACCUGCUACAUUUUCUAGUUCAGUUUUCCCCAUGCCAGUUUUCACAUUAGAACUUUUUCAAGAUGAAAAAUCAUGAGCAACAAGGGAAAAAAUGCUGUCACCUAGCGCUUCUAAGAACUGAACACAUGCAUUAAUGAGCACUUAUAUGCAUCUACUCUGUAUCAAACUUUGGUUUUAAAAAGGGCUUUCUCCCAGUUAAGUACACCUUAGUGUAUAAUUGUAUGAGUGUUAAUAGAUUAAUCAGCUACCUAAGUCUGCGUCAGUUUGCAUAUGACUAAAAUGACAGUUCUAAAAGAAAAGGCAUACUUUCUUUUAUAGAGAAUGAUUGCACAUGGUGCUUUCUGUGAUACUUUAGGAGAGGCAUUUGUUACAGCAUGACUUGGAAGGGGGAAUGCCUCUUCUAAAGACGGCAUGUGCAGUUUGCACAAGUACUUAAAAUUUACACAUUUUUAAUAAAAUCUGUUACAUAGUUAAUUUGGGUCACCUUUAGUUGAUCAGAUGGGUUUUAAUCAAUUGUCUUAAGCAGUGCAGCCCUAGUUCAAAAAAUAAAAUUUUUAGUAAAUUUUAAUAUACAUAGAAAGUUUCAGUAACUCCUAUCUAACAAUGCAAUCUUUCAUACAUUUACUCAGAAGAAAGUUCCAUUAAAUUCAUGGGACUUAACUCCCAAAAUAAGUGUGCGUGGGACUGCAACUUAAGUCAGCUACUGGUGUUGGCAUAGUUGUGCAGAUGAGCUACGCUCAACCAUAAGGAACCUGACAAUAAUAAUUGGAACUUAGUACUAAUUGGUUUUCAAAUGGUUCAAAACAGCAUUUUUAACUGUCUGCUAAAAACUAUCUAGCUUAGCUGUAACUUCAAGCUGAUCUAGAACAGGUAAUGUUCUGUCCCACUUCUUUCCCUUCCUCCUCAAUGCAUCAUAAGUAACAUUUCAGGCUUCGUAUAGUUAGCGUUGUAUUUGUAAAUGGUGUAGCACCUUUUUUGGUAAGUUGUAGAUCUUGAGCAAAAUACUUUUUGAAAAGUUGCUCUUGUGCUUCUGUUGUUUCUUUUCUUCUCUUUAUGGACAGAACAUAACCUGUUUUGUCCUAGCUGUGUUUGCACUAAAAUUUGUGUUGGAGUACAGAAUUCCUUGGUUUUGCUUAUGCAUCCUGUACCAAGGACUAGUGCUCCCUAGUUUCUUACCCAGUUGCCACAGUAUGUUCUUCUCCAUGGCUGUGACUGUGAGGUAGGGAACUCCAAAGCUGCAUAUGUGUGUGUUUUUCCUCCGCUUGCUGUGCCUUGUUACAGCUUUUUUGUGCUAAUAAAGUACAGUAUUUUCUGUGUUA